CCCAUGGGGCGGGAGGCGUGAGGCCGCGGCCUGCGCGGGGCGGGGAGAUGGAUAAACUGAUCAUCCUCUCAGGGUGUCUCUUUCUGGCCGCCGAUAUCUUCGCCGUCGUCAGCAUCGCCAACCCGGACUGGGUCAACACCGGGGAGUCCGCGAGAGCACUCACUGUGGGCGUAGUGCGACAGUGUCAAACAAUCCAUGGACGAGACCGGCCAUGCAUCCUUCCCCGGCUUCCCCCCGAGCGGGUCACCACACUGUUUUUUAUCAUCGUGGGAAUCAUUUCAUUGACUGUCACAUGUGGUUUGCUGGUGGCUUCGCACUGGCGAAGAGAAGCUACGAAAUAUGCUCGUUGGAUAGCAUUCACUGGAAUGAUCCUUUUCUGUAUGGCUGUCCUAAUAUUUCCAAUAGGAUUUUACAUCAAUGAAGUCGGAGGUCAACCUUAUAAAUUACCCAACAACACAGUAGUUGGGUCAUCAUAUGUACUUUUUGUCUUAUCAAUUUUCUUUACAAUAAGACGUUUUCACACCAGCCCAAUGUGGCAGAAUUCUCAGGACCAAAAGCUAGAGACAACUCACACCCAUUAUUAA